AUGGACGUGGACGUGGACGUUGAUGUGGACGUGGACGUGGACGUGGACGUGGACAUGGACGUGGUGGACAUGGACGUGGACAUGGACGUGGUGGACAUGGACGUGGACGUGGACGUGGACGUGGACGUGGACAUGGACGUGGACGUGGACAUGGACGUGGACAUGGACAUGGACGUGGACGUGCACGUGGACGUGACGUGGACGGACGUGGACGUGGACGUGGACGUGGACGUGGACGUGACGUGGACGUGGACGUGGACGUGGACGUGGACGUGGACGUUGACGUGGACGUGGACGUGGUCGUGGACGUGGACGUGGACGUGGACGUGGACCUGGACGUGGACGUGGACGUGGACGUGGACUAACGUGGACAUGGACAUGGACGUGGACGUGGACGUGGACGUGGACAUGGUCGUGGACGUGGACGUGGACGUGGACAUGGACGUGGACGUGGACGUGGAUGUGGACGUGGAAGUUGACGUGGACGUGGACGUGGACGUGGAUAUGGACGUGGAUGUGGACAUGGACAUGGACGUGCACAUCCUCAACCAUGAGGAACAUCCCAGGGUCGGCUUUACCUUGUGCACCAUCACCUUGUGCACCUGA